UCCGAUUAACAUUGUGCUCUUGUGCAACAGGAGUAAACGUUUCGAAGUAAACAAAGCACACACACACACACGCGCUGACGAUGAGUGAAAAGGGAGCGGCAGCUUACCAGACGGAACCGCUGAACCAACCACCAUAUCCAGCACAGUCACCGCCCGGUUACGUGCCCCAGUUACCACAGGCCACCGCAUAUCCACACCCUCCGGCCGGUGCGCCCAAUUAUGCUCAUCCAGCGCCUCCACCACCGUACGAUGCUAACUCCAAUGUUAUCCACGGCGUUCAGCAGCCAGCCGUUACGACCUACGUGCAAGUCGUCACCAGGCCCCAGGUUGGACCGGAUCCAUCGGCAAUGAUGUGCCCAUCCUGCACCAAGCAGGUCGUUACACGUCUGGAUUAUGAUUCGACCACCAAGACCCACAUUGCCGCCGGUCUGCUGUGUCUAUUCGGAUGCUGGCCAUGUUUCUGGAUUCCCUAUGUAGUCGAUUCGUGUAAGAGCGCCAACCACUACUGCCCGAACUGUGGUGCCUACAUCGGAACAUACCACGGUUAACCGGUGGUCCACUGGAUUGGUUGACGGUUGCAUCCGGUGGUGACCACGCCAUUCCUGGUGAUUGUGUGAUGUAAUCAUCCUAACGACUCGACCGUUUGCCCACAACAGUCACCGGUGCGCCAUCGCGGCAAUGUGCGAUGAAGUACCAUUUUAAGUUUCGGAAGAAAGUGCGAUACAUCGUAAUGUAUACAGUGUGUGUAUGUGUGUGUGUGUGUGUCAUUGUGUAUGCAAAAGAGGAGACGGAACGAAUGGAUUGCAAGCGGUGUGUAUGUGUGAUCGUACGUGUGCGUCAGCACUCUGUGGCAUUGACUGUUGUAAUUAUUGUUUAGUGAAGUGAGCAUAACUAUCGAUUUCGUCAAGCGUACAUAGAAUUGCAUAAUAAAGAUAUUUACCACUCGCCCUCGAAAA